GCUGUUCUAACAGCAGUAACAGUGUUAUCUCCGUCCACUAGCACUGCGAUCGUAUGUUCACAGCUGCAUUACUCUGACGGGUGAAGCCCGCAUGUGCUCCAGGGUAGCAGAUCAUCCACAUGGAAGAAUAACCGUUAUGCAUGACGGCGGAGCUUGCGACGAUGGGAGCCAAUGCCAAUGGCGCACAGGAAAGGGAAGUCUCGGUUUCUCACCGAUCGCGAGAGCGGCCGGCAGGGUCUGCCAGUGAAUACACGUGCGGUGGAAGUCCGACUGUUCCGGCGAGGAACGACGCUGCACAUUACUCCCUGUACCAGAGUCAGCGAGGUGGUUCGUCGGAUGCGCCAGGAGUUUCGCAUCGGGGACAGUGAACAUCUAUGGCUGACGUGCAAUGGGUAUAGCUUGCAGGCUGACUGGGUGGUGAACGAUGUCCUGCCAUAUCGAACACCCCUCUUUGCUCAUGUGCGACUGGUCGCAGACCCCAUUCUGCAGAUCAAGCUACCGUUUCGUCAAGGCCUGAUCAGUGUUUAUCAUCCGGAAGACAUUUUUAAGUGGAAAUGCGAAGACUUACGGGAGUGGAUUGGACAUGAGACAGGCAUUCCUUCAAGCACGUACCGACUGGUUGUGUGGUGCAGCGAGCGAACACACAGGGAAAUACAGGCCAGAAAGUGGGCAGAGAAAUUGGAAAAAGCCAAGGCAAAACAGAAGGAGCAGGAGGCGAUUCUUAAUGGAGUGGUAAUCGAAGAGGCCAGUGAAAGUGCGGAAGAGUCACCGGAAGAGAGCCGACCUAUUGGCGAGAAGACCAUAUGGAAUCCGGGAGGAGUUCAAUUCAGUAGCGGCAUUCAACUGGGGCCAAAUCCGUUUACAGCAACUAAUCCGCUAUCGUACCGUCUGGGCGAAGUAGAGACAAACUACAGCAGAGGUAACAUGGAUGAGUCGCGCUCUGAGGAGAUUCUACGGGAGAGAUUAUCCUACUAUGGCGGACACGCGCCUAAAGAGUACUCGGAGAUACUGCAAUCCCGUGCCAAGGAGAGGUUUACAGAAACCUUUCUGGACGAUGAGGCCAGGCUAGCCAUGGAGCCGGGUGGUGGUCGUGGUGGUGCAGGCGGUGGUGGAGGCAUGGGGAAACAUAUCAGUUUUGCUCACCCACCGCGGGCCAACCGCGGAGAGAAAUUAAGCAGAGAAACGGUACCGAUUGAGAUGAUAUCGCCUGUGGUUAGGGCUACGAAUCUUAGUGUACGUCGAGGCGAGUCGCCAUUUGAGACAACUCCAUUAUCACUCCCUAAAACCUAUCCAUAUGAAGCUGGUCUCCCGGAUCCAUUCAAGGACGAAGCCAGAAAGAAGUGGCAGGGCCAGUAUAGAGAAUCAACUGACGAGGAAACCUCCGGUGGUGAACGUGACAGCAGUACUGCUGCUAAUACCGGUGGUACUACUCAAAGCCCAGUGAUAAACCAUAGUAACUGUGCCACAGCAGGCAGUAACGCUAGUACCCGGGACAGUCCCCUCCGGCUCAGCCCAGAUGCGACGCCUGCCCCCGCUUCGGAACAAUUCCCGGAGGAUUUUGGCCUGGGUGGUGACGACGACAACGACAUGCGCUACAAGGAAGUGCAGUUUGGCCAGUGUCUCGCAGACUUCGGUGUGUGCAAGGGUGGGGUAUUGUGGCUACAUGUAUGGGACGGCUAUUCACCAUUGUUAAACUACCUGAUGCCGAUCAGCCACAUCAAGCCACGCUGCUCGGCCAAACAGCUCUGCAACUUCAUCAGGAAGGUGACUCACAACGAACAGGAGAGAGAUUUCAUGGCACGUACCGCCCUGCACAUUGCCACGCACCGUAAUGACGCCAUGCUGGUCAAUACUCUCAUGGAGUCUGGUCUGGCCAGGCCAGACAAGAAGAUCGGCGUUCAUCCCUGCAAGGAAUGGUUUUCCGGAUAUCAUUUCAAGAGAGAUAAAGACUGCGCGGUUCAUGUUGCCGUCGAUCGCGGGAACCUCUAUCUCGUUCAAAUGUUUGUCGAUAAGUUCCCCUCAUGCUUGACGGUUCGGAAUGGUGAAGGCCACACUGCCUCCGAGCUGGCCCAGCGGCAUAGGUUUGGCCGGAUCGCCUCGUUCCUGGACCAGCGGAAAGCCACCACCUCCAUGCUACGAGAGCAGCGCCGCAAAAUGCUGGAGAAGAGAGAGCAGCGGGAGAUCAUAGCCAAGAAACGCCGCGCGGCCCAGGCACCGGGUUCGAUGGCUUUCCUCCUCGCCGGGUCGUUACAAAACCGUCAGAACCGUGCUGCUAACAAGCAGCCUCAAGGCAACACCAGCCACAACAGGAAUGCCACAAUUGGCAGCAAUAAAACCACUCAGAACAGCAAGCGUUCUGCCCUAAAGAAGGAGCAACAACAGCAGCAGAAGCAGGCGGAGAGCAAGAAGGGAGGUGUAAAGGUCAGUGCUGCGAAAAAGGGUAACGAUGAUGACGAUGAUGGUGAUGGAAGUGAUGAUAGUGACGAUGACAACAAAGACAACCAGCUGGAUUCGGAUGAGUCUGAUGAUGGUGACAAUGACUCGUCUAAUUCUGAGGACGAUGGUUCAUCCGAUUCGGAGGAUGUUGGUGAGGAUGGCGAUGAUGAGGCAUCCGAUAUUGGCAGUGAUGAUGACAAUGAGGAUGUGCAAGGGGGAGAUGAACUAGAUGGUACGCCCGUUCGGGUAUCUGUGGGCAAGCUACCACCAGAUGCUCCUGAUCUCAAUCUUUCUGGAGCUGUAAUCAAACCUGAUGAGCUGCAGAAAACAUCGGCAAUGUCGCCUGCGCCUACUGUGGAGCAGUCCCAUCCCCCUGAACUUGAAAACCACCUAUUGUCAGCAAUUGCUGUGAGAUAUACUCCUCCCCAGCUUGACAAACGUCCAUCGAAAGGAAUCCUUGCAAGGACACUAGAUGGCCGUCGCAAGCAAAGUGCAGACGGGGUGAAAACCAAAAAGGCCGUUGUCUGGAAUACAGCCAUUGUGUACUAUUCACCAGACCGAAAGCGCCGUGUCACCCCCAAACCGGAUGAGCUCCGUACCUCUAUGGAAAACAACACAGUGGAUGGCACCACUGCAGAUGAUGAAAAUGUCACCACGCUGGAAUCAAGCACGACAGACCCACACCAAUCAGCUUCUGACGCCGGAAAAGGGAAAAAGAAAAGGAGAAAGAAGGAGAAGAAAAAGAAAAGACACGCCAACAAAGACUCCGUAGAAAAUCCCCCCGGUACUGCGCAAACUAUUACUGCCCAAGACCAUUCAGCAGCGGCAGGUGCUGAGGGUGCUCCGAGCAAUGCUGGUAUGUACUCGUUCGACAGUCUAGAUUGGUCAGUUGACGACGGCGGCAAAGCAACAGAGGAAAGUGCAAGAAAAUACCGUUGCAGAGUAUGCUAUUCAUGUGAUUUGCACGGUGGGGUGAGGAAAGCGCCGACACCGUCUGCUGUAGUUUCGAGAAGAAAGCCAGCUCGCCCUGCAACUCCCUUCCAUGAAUUAGUGGCAAUGGCAACUAGUGGUGGCGCACUGGAAGAUGAGGAGGAGGACGAGGAUGAUGAAGAGGAAAAGGACAAAGAGAAGGACAAGGAGGAAUCGACAGGGUCUGAAUCAGACGAUGCAGGUUGUGCGAGUAUCCAUACCAUGAAGCUUGCGGCUGAAGAUGCAUUGAAAGCGGACAGCACCCUCAUCAAGUACGACGUCUCAGAUCCGGACUGGCACACAAAACUUGUCGACAAGAUCUUCGAUGAUGUCGGUACCAUCAACUCGGAUGACGGCCAUGCAGUGCUUGGACGGGAGUGGUACAUCGAAGGCAUCACACCGAGCAAGCAGAACAGCAGAAAGAUUGCAGACCCGCCAUAUCUACAGCACAACGUGCAGCUGGGAAAGCAGGCGCAGACUGCAGUAAAAAAUCGAGACCUCGACCCAAACUGUCACCUGCUCACGCCUUCACAGAUGCGGGCGGAAGAAGACGUGCAACGCGCCAGGUCGGGCAAUGCGUUUCUGUACGACGAGCGGCAGUUUGAUCAUGAACUGCUGCGCUACCGUCCGCCGCCCAUGCCAAUGUCGAACAGUGCCAGGAUGGUGAUGGAUGUGCUGAAAGUGCAGAACCCAGAAGGGUCAAAGCUGGCGUUUGCUGAGCGCUACCUGGCACCGAAAACACUGCGUCACCUGGCCUUUGAUAGCAUGUCAAUGUCCACGGCCAUGCACGGCACAAAAGGCCGGUACUUGGCAAAGAUUGAGAGCGCUGCUGAUAUAUCACGUCGCUAUAUGACCAGGUCUAUGGCUGAUGCUGUUGCCAAAGGAAAGCAUAUACGCAAGUCAUCGGCGGUGGACCUCACCACCACACAACGAUUGUCCAUUGAGAACAUGGUCGACAAGAGCCUCGGUAUUCUAUGAGCACAAGUAUCCGCCGCAGUGUGUUCAACGGCCUCUGCUGCCCAUUCUAAUGUUCGCCUGAAAACGUGAGUGCGUGCGUGUGUGCGUGUAUUUGUGCAUGUGUAUUUGUGCAUGCGUGUGCAUGUGUAUACGUUUGCCACGUGUUUGCAUCUACUGUGACCAGUUUAGUUGGAGCUUAUCUUACCUGUAACCCUCCAUUCGCUGUGGGUAUUGUCCACUUCACUACAUGCCGUAUACACUGUAUCACGAGGGUGGCAUUGAUUGGUGGGCAUACCGCCUGCCAAGUAAAUAAAGGUGCACGAUCGGUUCAUUUUAUUUAUUGUUCAUCAAACAAAUGACAAAUACACUUGGACACUGGGUAGUGCAAUGUUUUUCAUUUCUAAUAUAAUUACGUUAAUACGAGAUUUACAUCUUCUUUUGCUAUCCGCUUGUACGACAAUCACAUGAUUCGUAUUUUUCAAACCUUGAGUCAU